AUGUGGUUCAGCCGCUUUUCGCUAUCGCUGGCAAGCACAGAUGCUGGUGAGAAGUUACUGCGGAGCAUUCGUGGCCGCGACAUUACUUUGCGAGUCUCCACAAAGGACGGUAACGCACGCAUCGUUUUUGCAUCCACCACCAAUUUACUCCGUGAAACGAUGCGGCGACACAAACUGCUAACGCGAAUGAAGGGUCAAACACCUUUCCUUGAGCUGGUUGGUACGCAUUUAACCUUUACAAAUAUACUAGCUGCACUGCAGGAGGGCGAGGAACGCGUCGCUACACGUCUGAGUGCGAAUGAGGGGACAAUUGUGACUGAGUCGCUUGCUAUCGGUGAGUGCCGGUGUUAUGUUGGUGGUCACAACGGUACCACGCUGGAGGAAGAGCCCCACUUCCCAUUGAAGGUUGACCGCUUUCUAUAUGGUCAGUCCCAACCCUUUUCGUCAAUUACAGCCGCGUCUUUGACGCAGCUCAUAGACCGCGACUAUAACGCAACGGUUAGCUCCUCCGAGGGCUUUUGUAGUACCGCGCAAACUCCGGAAACAGCGGUGCCCCUGCUGGGUCUUGGAAUGUUGUCACCAGAGGUUGUGGAUGCUUAUUAUCGUAGGAAUAUCACACUGCAUGGCCACACUUUUUUUCGUCAAUCGGAGGGUUCGGUAGCGGCAUUGUGGUGCUGUGCGUAUCUCGACGACCCUUCGCUCCUGGAGGCGUUUGCUUUGUACUCGGAAGCGAGUGCCGCAAGCGAAAGCCCUGAGGCAGUCGAUCGAGUUGACGAGAUGAUGCGUAAGACGGCUUGCUCAUGCGGUGUUCUUGUUCAGCCGGUUGUGGCCGGGCGCGUGGUGGAAGAAAAAAUUCAUCUGCUACAACGCCUACUGGUCCGUGCAUCGAUCGUGCAACCUGAAAUAUUUAGCGUUCUGAAGGAAAGGGGGGUGCAUGAAGGUUUAGCUUGUCAAGACUCAAUCGCAUUGGUUACAGGCGACCACGAAGGCGCUUAUGAGGUAGCCAAAGCGGCGCGCCAAUUUACACAAGAUCCGUCCGUUUCAGCCCCAGUGGUUGAGAAAGUGCGAGAGGGAUUGGGUUUGGAUAAGGGCGAGCGUUUCUUUAUCGAUCAAGCGUCUGUAGUGCGAAACGGAAUUGAUUAUUUUUGUCGAUGUUCCAAAAAUAAUUUUCUACGGGCGCUUGUGGCGCUCCCUGAGGAGCAGCUUUCGUCUCUUAUGGAAGAAACUAGCUUUCGCUGUACGUUUUGCGCGAAAGAGCAUGUGCUGCAACCCGAAGAUUGGAGCAAACUGUUGCGCGACCGUACUUCCUUUAAAAAAUAA